AUGCCUAAUGGCGGAUCCUCAGGAUACCAAGCUGGCUCGUCACAGUCUGCCGGAAUGAGCGCUUCAUCAGCUAUAGACAUCACAUCUCGACCUUCCCCACCUCCUGCUCAACCUACCUACAGCGAUAAGAAACCUAUAUGUAUCGGUGCGAUUCAUUCUAGAGCCAUCAUGCUCUACCCGUCUCAAGCUGCGAUCGUGGGUAGCUCUCCACCGCCUGGUUCUCGCGAGAAAUUCCAUCUGGUCAAUUACCUUGGAGCUGAAUUGCUCAAAGUCAAACUCAAGCUUCGCAUACCUGGUCAGGAUCCUCGUCCGAGUGAUAUUUGGCCACCUGUUAGCUACCCAACUCUGCAGAUCAUGACCCCCGGUAUGUCAAGCUAUAUCGGAGAUCUCGACCCUCAUCUUGCCGAGCAACUCAUCCCGCUUGUCUCGCGUGGCCUCUUGCGUCUUGAAGGAUUCAUCCAGCGAGUCUUUGCCGAUGGACACCUCUUCCAGAUCCGCAUCAACGUCCUCUUGUUCACCCUCAGCUCAAAUAUAACCUUUAUCGCCAAUUCCCUAAUCGCCAACAACAUUUACCUUUUAGACCCCAUUCCACCUUAUGACCCCGCACGACACAACGAACAGCCUGAAUAUCAUAACGCACACGGCGGAGGAGAUCACGCCAUGCAGCUCAUGAUAGCUGCGCAGAGAAAGACUAUGCCAGGAUUUGAAAUGACCCUCGGUCAAUUGGACAAGACCAAGCAGGUGGAAGUUCAACGUCGACAGGUCGAUGAAGUCUUCAAGAGCUUGGAGACUGGCGGUACAGAGGGGGAACUGGAAGAGUGUGAUCCGGGUCCAUUCAUCAAAACCUCGCUCUACCCCCAUCAACGCAAAGCCUUGACUUUCUUGCUACAGCGAGAGCAGGACUGGUCGGCCCUCAAACGAGCCAGGAAGUACUUUGCGAAAGUGCAGGCAAAGCGGUCCAAGAAGAACAAGGACGCCAUCAUUGACGAGGACGAGGAGGAACAAAAGGGCAAGGUCAAAGAUCGGAACAGAUCUCUGUGGGAAAGCAAGUCGGAAGACUCAAAAGGGCGAGUCUUGGUCUGGAAGAAUAGGGUGACUGGUCAGGAACUGCGCACCAAGAAGGGCGAGAGACCGAAAGAAGGCAAAGGUGCUAUUCUCGCAGAUGACAUGGGUCUCGGCAAAACAUUGUCCGUCGUAUCUCUCAUCUCGUCCACUCGACACUCCGCGGCCAAAUGGGCCAGGAGCAAACUGGAGUCCGUGGAAGAGCCAGCGGCAUCUCCACCUAAGGAUGGGCUUUCCUCCUCAGUCAUGCGGACCAAGGUUUUUGGGAUGCCUGAAAAUUCGGACGACGACUCUCGGCCGAUUGCAGAUUUCAAAGGCAAAAAACGGAAGCGAGACGAGCCGGCGAGCUCAGAAUGCGGGACGACCCGGAGGUCUCGUCUCGUCCGUAGAUCCAAGGCGACACUGCUAGUCUGUCCAAUGUCGACCAUCACCAACUGGGAAGAGCAAAUCAGGGAUCACUGGAAUGGCAAAGUGGAGAUUAUUGGAGGCGCAGCUGGGACUAUGCCACCGAAAGAGGUGACAAAGAAGUGGAAGCCGCCAAAGAGGGACGGAGAGUCAUCAGACGAGGACGAGGACUUUGACACGCUCAAGGUCUACAUCUAUCACGGCGCUUCGAGACGUGCCGACCCGGAUUUCAUCGGCGACUUUGAUAUUGUUGUCACGAGCUACAACACCUUGGCUUUAGAAUACACCCGACAGCGAAGUGGCGAUGCGACACCAGCGUCUCCGAGCGAUACUGCUCCGAACAGUGAUGACGAUUUACCGAAGGGUGAUACUUCGCUUAAUGGGAGGCCGACAAAGCCAGAGGUCGAAGCUGAAAUCAAAGCUGCCGAAGUUGCGGAUGCUCUUCUACGCAAGAAACGCAAGGGCAAAGGCACGGCAAAGGCAACUUUCGAGACGAGUCCUCUGCAGGCCAUUGACUGGUUCAGAGUCGUGCUAGAUGAGGCGCACUACAUCAAGAGCGACAAGACAAUUGCUUCUCAGGCUUCAUGCGACCUCCAAGCCGAUAGGCGAAUAGCUCUGACUGGAACACCAAUCCAAAACAAGAUCGAAGAUGUCCAGGCGCUAUUCAAAUUCUUACGGCUAAGUCCAGUGGAUGAGAAGGAGGUGUUCAACAAGUACAUUGCCGGGCCAUGCAAAUUCGGUGAACAAAUAGGCGUCGCCAGACUACAACUGGUCAUGCGUUGCUGCACGUUACGACGCACGAAAGAUUCGACCACGGAUGGGAAGAAGAUUCUCAACCUGCCAAGUCGCAAAGAGAUUCAACUCUGGCUCGAUCUGAGUGAAGAGGAGCGCAGAGCGUACGACGAUCGCGCUUCAAAAGCCAAGGAGAAGCUCGAAGAUCUCAAAGCCAAGAAUCUUUUAUCGAAGAACAUUGGCAAUGUGUUGCAGGAUGUCCUGCGCCUCCGACAGAUAUGUGAUCACGUCGAUUUGGCGAUGCAGGGAGCGGUGGAAGAAGAUUACGAUGGCACCAUCAUGGAUUAUGAAGUGGCCUGCAAGGGUAUCAAGCAGCAUGGAUUGAGCCAAACUCGCGCGGUGGCAGUCGUUUGCUUUCUGAAGAAUGGCGAUGGGGCGUCUUGCACGUCUUGUGGCCAUGACUAUGGCGACUACUUUCCGUCGAUCGAAUUGUUGGAAAUGGAGGAAGAUCAAAAGGAGAAACAAAGGAAGAAGAUGCCGGUCAAGCUUUUAUUGACCAAGUGCUUGCAUCUUUUCUGUCCGAGUUGCUUCAAGGAGGGUGUGUACCCAGACUGGUCAGCAAGAAUGAAGGAGCACGCUGGUCGACCUUGCACCUGUGGCAACAUAUUACGACUACCUUCCGACGUAGUGGAAGUCCUUCAACCAGGUGUCGAGGAGAAUGCUGGCGCGGCUGAUCAAGGACCUAAACGGGCUCGGAAAAAGUACAUUCGCGCCCCUGGCGAGCCGCUUGUCCUGUCGACCAAGAUGAAGUUCCUUCAUGACGAGCUGAUGAGCUUUUCUCGCCGAAAUCCCAAUUCCCCGCAUUACAAUCCGUUCGAACUCGAUGCCGAUACGAUGGAAGAAGUUGACAAGGAUGGCAAACCAUUUGUGACCAAGAGCGUGAUCUUCUCGCAGUGGACGACCAUGUUGGACAGGAUCGGCGAUAUGCUUGACGAGAUCGACAUCAAGUAUGCCCGACUGGACGGUACAAUGUCUCGAGAGGACCGAGCCAAGGCCAUUGAAGAUCUGAAACACAAGAAACGGGUCGAAGUGUUGCUGGUUUCUACUCGAGCUGGAGGUGUCGGACUCAAUUUGACGGCGGCCUCGCGAUGUUAUCUCGUGGACCCAUAUUGGAAUCCAUCGGUAGAAUCUCAAGCUAUCGAUCGGAUACAUCGUAUGGGUCAGACGAGGCCCGUGACGGCCAUCAAGCUCAUGAUCAACGACUCGAUCGAACAGCGGUUGGACAAGAUUCAAAGGAAAAAGGCGCAGUUAGCUGACGUUUCCCUGAACAAUCUCUCCCGAAAGGAGUUGAUGGAGAAGAGGGUGAGUAGGCUGACUACGCGUUCAUUCAUGCUGACAUUCCACAGGCGGAGGAGCUUUCCCAGCUGUUCAGUUAAAAUGACCUAUGGAUACAUCUUUAUCAUUACACAUGUAGCCUGUAGAUGCAUCAUUAUAGCUUGGAUCUGA